AACGCUGACUCUGGAGGCUGCUGGGAUUAGGGUAGGGGUGUCUGAGAGCUGCCCUUCUGUACCAGCAAAGAGCCUCCGGUGAGGAGAGGAAGGAGAGAGAUGAAACUGGCCCGGUUUGAGGGGGAAACGCGACAGUCUUGUUAGAGGGACAGUGUCUUGGUAAUGUCCAGGGCUCCGGGAAGAGAUGUCCUUGUGGCUGGAGGCUCCAGAGCCUGAUGUUUGUCCUGAUUCUGCGACAGAGUUGUGGAAGGCAGAAACCCAAGAUGCAAAAGACCAGGGGGGCAAGAGCUGCGUCCUCAGGGAGGAAGCUAGGAUGCCCCAAUCUGCUGAAAGUGCCUUCAGAAUGGGGUUGGAGGCAGCAGAGCCCACAGCCCUGCUCCCCAGGACAGAAGCUUUUCCAGAGCCUACAGAGCUUCGUCCGCAAAAGCGAAAAAAGGGGCCAGCCCCCAAAAUGCUGGGGAAUGAGCUGUGCAGCGUGUGUGGGGACAAGGCGUCUGGCUUCCACUACAAUGUGCUGAGCUGCGAGGGCUGCAAAGGAUUCUUCCGCCGCAGUGUCAUCAAGGGAGCCCACUAUGUUUGCCACAGCGGUGGCCACUGCCCCAUGGACACCUACAUGCGACGGAAAUGCCAGGAGUGUCGGCUUCGCAAAUGCCUCCAGGCUGGCAUGAGGGAGGAGUGUGUCUUGUCAGAAGAGCAGAUCCGCUUGAAGAAACUGAAGCGGCAAGAAGAGGAACAGGCUCAAACCACAUCAGUGUCCCCAAGGGUUUCCUCAGCUCCCCAAGUCCUCCCCCAGCUCAGCCCGGAGCAACUGGGCAUGAUUGAGAAGCUGGUUGCCGCGCAGCAGCAGUGUAACAGACGCUCCUUUUCUGACCGACUUCGAGUAACGCCUUGGCCCAUCGCACCUGACCCUCAGAGCCGGGAAGCCCGGCAACAGCGCUUUGCCCACUUUACCGAGCUGGCCAUCGUGUCUGUGCAGGAGAUUGUUGACUUUGCCAAACAGCUUCCUGGCUUCCUGCAGCUCAGCAGGGAGGACCAGAUCGCCUUACUGAAGACCUCUGCGAUUGAGGUGAUGCUUCUGGAGACAUCACGGAGGUACAACCCUGGGAGUGAGAGCAUCACCUUCCUCAAGGAUUUCAGUUAUAACCGGGAAGACUUUGCCAAAGCAGGGCUUCAGGUGGAGUUCAUCAAUCCCAUCUUCGAGUUCUCCAGAGCCAUGAAUGAGCUGCAGCUGAACGACGCGGAGUUUGCUCUGCUCAUCGCCAUCAGCAUCUUCUCUGCAGACCGGCCCAACGUGCAGGACCAGCUCCAAGUGGAGAGGCUGCAGCACACAUAUGUGGAGGCCCUGCAUGCCUAUGUCUCCAUCAACCACCCCCACGACCGACUGAUGUUCCCACGGAUGCUAAUGAAAUUGGUGAGCCUCCGCACUUUGAGCAGCGUCCAUUCAGAGCAAGUGUUUGCACUUCGCCUGCAGGACAAAAAACUUCCCCCACUGCUGUCUGAGAUCUGGGAUGUGCACGAAUGACUGUCCUUCCACCAUGUCCUCUGUGUUGUGGGCCACAUGACGGAGGCUUACUGACUGCUUCCUAGAGGUGGAGCAGACUGAGAUGGGCAAACAUUCCUGGGGGCCCGGAGAAGGAGAUCCUUGCAUGGCAUUAAAGGAGAGUCAGAGGGUUGGGUGUUUUGUGGCUGCUGGCCAGUUGGGGACCUACUAACUUUGUGCACCAUCUGAAGACCUUAUUGACCCAACCAAAUAAACUAGCCAGGUAGGCCACUUUGCACAGGCCUACCCAUCUUGCCUCUA